UAAUUCUAAAUUGUACUUGUCGUGGUCAGUAGUGUUCACACAUCUGCGAAAUCCUUUCAUCGUUUACACAGACUCGGUAGACAUUGCUGAACAGUUUCUCCAGAUGAGAGCCGGUAAGGAAGGUACAACGAAAAUAGUUCUGGUGGACAGAGAAAAGCUAUGGUCUUUCGGAUGGGUAGAGAAGAUGCAAAUCUAUUCAAUGCCAGGAUACCCAAAGUUCCACCCGAACACAGUCGUGCCUGAAUACACACAUGCUCAACACGCCAAAUAUGAAUUGACACAACAAGCAGUUAAAACAGAUUAUCGACAGGCCGUCCAACGCUAUCUGGACAUCCUCAGCUGUACAGACCAACAGGUACUAUUUUCAAUGAAUACGAACAAAGAAAAGCUUAUUGUUCAACAAAGAGUGGCUAUUCAGUCAUAUGUAAACGAUGUACCUGGUGACUGUUGGUUUUAUCUGGGAUAUGCUUGUUACAGGAAUUGUUACAGCCUCAGGAAAGCAUUCAAGAAGUUUUAG